CUCUAAACAAACCCAAAUCGCUCGUAUUGGUAUCGCGCGAAGGCGCCGCCGUGCGCGAUCGUGCGUUUUCGUGGCUCGUUAUCGGCCAGCAGAUAACGCCGCGGGGCGACACGCUCCGGCGUUGGCGUCGGCAAUCGGUGUGUCAACUGGAAGUGCUGAAGGUGCGCGAAACCGCUCGCUGUGCAUCUGCGCCCGGGAGGAGCCUACGCGAGGGCAAAAUGGCGGCCACGCACCUAGACGUCGGCCUCCGCUGCAUCAAGUACCUGCUGUGCGCGGUCAACUCCCUCUUCGUGUUGACGGGAGUGAUGAUAAUAUCGGUUGGCACGACGAUCUACGCUGUUUACGAGAACUUCUCGCAUUUCUUGGACCCGAGCUAUUUUUCACCAGCCACCCUUUUGAUCGUGGUUGGAAUACUUGUCUUCAUAAUCGCUUUUAUGGGAUGCUGCGGCGCGGUUAGGGAGAGCACCUGCAUGGUUCUUGUGUUCGCAGUCCUGCUGUCGUUUGUGUUGAUACUGGAACUUUCCGCCGCCGUUGCUGCGUACGCCCUGCAGGACGGUAUCAAGGAUCUCCUAGCUGAGAAGAUCAAUCUGACGAUGCAUCAGUACGAAAAGAACGAGGAGGCCAGGUUCGCGAUCGAUUUUAUGCAGUCUAGGUUACGUUGUUGCGGAUAUAAUAACUACCUGGAUUGGAACAACGUACCGUUCAAUAAUACGCAUAUAGAUGUACCUGACUCUUGCUGCGCAUAUCUAGUGGAUGAGCUUUCGGACCGUUGUUAUGGAAAAUAUCAGGAGGGCUGCAUCAGCCGCCUUUCUAUUAUUGUUCACCGCAGCGCGCUGUACAUCGGCACGGGAGCCGUGGCGAUCGCUCUUAUUCAGUUAACGGGAAUUAUGUUCGCGUGCAUGCUCGGCCGAGCUAUCAGACGUCAAAAGACAGAAAGAGAGAGGCGUCGUUGGGAAUUACGAGAGAAUCUAGUGAACGGUUACGAACCGUUGGGAAAAUCGGAUCCCAUAGUUACGUUUCCCGUAGUGUAUAUGUCACCAGAUUAUCCACUGAAAGGCGACCAAAAGUGCUAAUAUUUCGAUGUAAAAAUCGAGUCAUUUUAUAAAAUCAGAUAUAUUUUUUUAUUCUUGUCGAGCUCACAAGGAGAAAUUUGCAAAAACUGAGUAACGAAGAAGAAAGAGAGAGAGAGAGAGAGAGAGAUAGAUUUUUAACAAAAUAUAAAAGCGUUUAUAAGAAUGAGUAUUUAUUCUUGAUUCUUAUGUUAACUUUUAUAGAGCUCAGUCAGUUAUCGUCAGAUAGUACAAGAGAAAAUCAUAUUUACUACCAAAUAAUUACAUGAUUUAUAAUACAUAGUUUAAUAUAUUUUCUUAAGAAAUAUUACAUAUAUACACGGACAAUCUAAUUGUUUGCUUUAAAUAAUUUGCAUUUAAAUGAUUAAAUAUUAUGUCGUUUGAAUUCCAAUUUUAUAAUAGCUGAUAUGAUACUUUAUUGUGAAUGUUUGUGAGGAAAAAGCAUUAUUUUAAAAUAUUACACCGACUGUUGCAGAUGAGUGUUGUUACUGUACAUUAUUAAUGCACUGUACGCUAAGAAUAAAAUAUCUUUAUUCUA